AGGUGAGAACUGAGAAGUGGUGUCUUAUUGCUGAUGCUGCCUCAGGCUGUAGUGUCUACUUGUUUUAGUCCUACCUCGCAGACCCCUUUUACUUUCCCAUUUGUACAUGAAGACCCAGCUCAUGCUAGGUUCUGGCAUAUGAUUAUGAAGCUCAUAGGUUCUGGCAUAUGAAGCUGUAGUAGGAAGAAUUAUACUAGAAUUAGAAAUUCAUCACUAUUCGUUAUACGAGAAAACCAAGAUGAGUGCCGAAGCCGAAAAGAAAGAUGAUGCCCCGGCCAAGGUGGACCACCAAGGUGCUUCAUCGCCCGCCUCUCGUUUUAACGCACCCACGCCUGCCGCUGCCAUGGUUGCGUCUGAAGCUCGAGAAGAAAGCCGGACUCCCAAGCCCGUACCCGAAGUUCGUCCCACCAGUACAACUAUGUUGGUAGAAGAACCAGCCAUCAAGAGCACGACCAGUUGCCUUACACAGGAAAAGACGAUAAGCUUUUCGGAAUGUUCUCCCACUCUGCAAUCGCAAGAUUUGCUGUCAAUGCCAGCGACCUCGGUUGUAGGAGGUGGGCAACAACAUCAAGCGAAAUUCGACUUUCUCGCUGAAAGAGGUCGAAAGACUGAUCUGGUGGAUUCGAGUAAGCAUCAACUUUUGCUGGUGGAUCUCUCAGGCUCUGGAGAUCGCGACCAGGGUGAAAAUGCUGCGGUCGUUGCAAAAGUCACUGCUCCAAAGCUCAUGGUUGAUGCUGGUACGGAAAUGACACCGAAAAUAGCAACUGCUUAUGUGGUCGGUGGAGGCACGGCAGCUGGACAGAAUAACGGCAAAAAUGUAUUUGGUGGCAAGAAUUAUGUCGGGAAUUCAUCAGGUCGCCCUGUGGCUGCCAUCGCAGCUCCUGUUGCACAGCCUUCGGCUACACAGGAAUCGCCAAAAGCCGAGCACAGCACAUCGACUGCCGAUUUUACGAGUCUUAUUCGAGCAACCUCGACGUCUGUCUCUGUGCUGGACCGGCUCAUGAUUUCUCCGUAUCACGAAAAUUUUCGUCGCAACAUUGAUCACAAACUCGGGGUGCCUGGUCGUGCUGCGGUCGAAGAUGGUUCAUCCGGCGGUGACAAAAAGCACGGCCAAGUAAAUCAUGGUCAACAACGUGGGCAAAAACGCCAGAAUCGUGCGGUGAUGGAGGCAGGGUCAAUUGCCUCGUUGCCAUCGCAGGUAGGAGUAUUUGCGACAGCAGAGUCCGACUACACGUGGAAAGCACAAGCGCAACGUACUUUUACUCCGAUGUCACCGCAGAGCAUGAGCGCUAUGCCUAUGUUGAUGGCUGCAGCUGCUUGCGACACGACUAGUGCUCCGCAUUCACCAAGCAACGACCCGCCUCGCCUCGCAAGGACCACUAGCACAAGCACAUCACCCAAGACGAACAGCGCGAAGAAAAAGGUGCAGCGGCGUCCACCAAUUAUGUUGGAGCAUUUGGCCAGUCGUGCUGGAGAAAUGCAGGGUUACGUGCUGCGUCAGUCCGCUAGUGUGAGGUCCUUUUCGAUGUCGUCGCCAGCCCGCCCAGAUGGUCUAGGGCAAGGAACGGCAACAAGAAAACUAGAUGAUUUGGACUUCGUCGAUGUCAAAGCGGUCUUGACACCAUCGACGAAAGCCUCGAAGCUACAGCUUGCAGUAUCUCCGUUUUCGAUAGCUAGUACAGCCAUUGCGUCCGCGAGAGAAGCGCAACAGGAAAGUCUUGCUGCUUUUCCGUCAAAGAAAGCGAUUAGUUUCUCGUUACCAGAAGGCGUUCAGCAGCGGUCCCCUGAAAACCAGAUGCCAUUUGGUGGCUUGUUGGUUUGGAAAAAGGAUUUCAGCUUACGGCAUGUGCAAAUUGUAGUUAGCGUGAUUUCAAGACUAACUCUCAACAAGACCUUCUAAUCCUUGGUCUCACGUCACCCGCAUUCGAACGUGUCCGCAGCGCCUCUUUAUCGCCCAAAAGUGCAGACGCACAAAAUGCCAUGAGGUUGCUGCAACAGGAAGUGGACCAUGACGGCAACAAUGAUGAUCAUUUUUCCUCCAUCGUAGGACGGUUCCAUAGCAAUGUGAGCCACGUUGGGGUCGGAAGUGCCUUCACCAACAAGCAGUUGAAUCUGAAGAAUGGAUCCCGGCCCCCACCACAAACGAGCGUGAAGAAUGCUUUCUCGCCAUUGACACGCGUCUUGAAUACUGGCGCAAUGAAGCAAUCGGAACUAUUCGAAGUUGCUGCGGGAAACCAGAUCCAGAAGUCCAACAAACAGAUUGCCAAGCAUCAUCUUCAAAACCAAAUUUCCUCUCGUGUCGAACAAGCGACGUCUGGUGUCCGUCGUAGCGAUACGAAGAUCCAUCAACACCAGGAGGCACCACAGGAAGCAGAAGCAAAACAUGCACAUUCAGUCUCGAAAAUUUUUUCCGUCUCUUCUAGUACGACUACGACCUCUCGCUCUUCAACAUCGACGAUCAACAACAAAACCUUCGACGUCAGCUUCACUAACAAGGAGAUAUUUUCACCACAGCUGCAAAAGGCGGUGUCAGUCAAAAGUUUGCAUGAAGAACUUCUCAGUCCUAAGAAUUUCGACGCUUCGCGUCCAUCUUCGCCAGCUGUCCGUGAUUUGAGCCGUGCAGUGGAAGCUGAAAUGCUGAAAACAAUCGGACGCAGCCCAAUGAGUUGUACUUCCCCGAAGGUCGUAAGUGCAAACGAAAAUGUACUUGUAUGGUUCUGGGAUUUGGUAACCUGAAUUUGAUCAUAAGGGUUCUCUUCUUGUUUUCCCUUAUGAUCAAAUUCAGGUUACCAAAUACCCGAACCAUUCAGUACUUCGCCUGCAACAUCAGCAGAACAGUUCUUUCUCCAGAAAGAACUCUAGCAGCAACAUGCGUGGAAUUGGAGCUGCGGAGCCAACAUCAAGGGUGAAGCCGCAGAGUCCUACUGAAGGCGAUGUUCGGAUGGAAAUGUGGCAUCAAGCAAUGUCCAAGGUUGGGAAAGAAGCGGUUGCAAAAUGUGCGGGAUUUGCGACUAAGGAGGCAGGUAUCUUCUCUUUGAUGCAUACCUUCGUUUGUAUUUUGAAAUUUCAAUUUCAAGUUUCUUCCUGAUCCACAAUUUGCGCGCACUCACUCCUACUCCUUAGUUGAUUAUUCUUGAUCUAGCGGCCUGGGCCUACUUACGGUUCCUUACCUGUUCCCAAAAAUAUCGAUCCCGACAGUAGAUCCCUCGACGCCCAUCUCCCCGUCAUCACCAUUUGGUUUCGAAUCCAGCAAGAGAGGGGAAAAAUUUCUUCGUGAUGUGCGCUUGGAGAUUUUGGCAUCUGAAGCUGUAGUUACAAAGAACGAAGCGCUUGUGGAAGAAUGGAAAGGAUCUUUAUCUCCUACUACUUCUCCAUGUGGUACUUUUCCAUCAUCUGCCCCAACCCCAUUUUCUUCUCCUAGUAAAACACCGGGGAAAGUACUGAAGAAGAAUCGUGGUGACCAAGAUCAUCAAGACCGUCAUAAAGCUCUCAUAAGCAAAGCUUGCGCUUCGAAUGGCGUUAUUGCUUCUCCAUCUAGGAAACUGGUACACAGCGCUGAACAACAGAAGGAGGAAGACCUUAUCCACGAAAAAUCCAGAGAAGUAUCAUCGCCAACGGAGGUGCACAAUCCGUAUCGGACAUAUUCACCACCUCGCAGCGUGGGAGCGGCACUUUCUUACCACGUUGGCAAGGGAAAUGGUGAGCCACGGAAAUACUCCUGUCUAGUAGACGAAAGAACGAGCCUUCUAAAAGGCAAGAAAACCACUACUUGCGUCAUCGAUCAAAUGCGCGAGCAUCGUGAAGAGAUUAGUGCGGGGAAGAAGGCCGUCUCUAGUCCGUUUUCGAUUCGACCGACGCUGCUCACGUCGUCGACGCCUACGAGGACCUCCCACCAUCCGAACAAGGGUAACGAACAGGACCGCAAGCUGCAUGCAGUAGACGUAGAUGACGAAAGCCAAGAAAAUAAGGGUGACAAGCAUCUUUACGCGUGGCAAACACAUGCUCCAGUUAGUGCGGGCCAGGAGAAACGUUUGCUCGCUAUUUCCCAUGUCUUCGAGACACCUGUUAUCCGUCCGCAAGCUUGCCGACGGGAAUUUGGGAAGUUGAGUUGAACUAUUGAUCGACAUCCAGUAUGAAAUAGCAGCGUAGUUUAUAGCACGCAUGGCGCAUGGAGUAGCAUGGAGUGCAUGGAGCGCAGAGCUUUGAGGGGCGCAAGAAGCUCCCCCUUUAGCUCCAUGCUACUCCAUGUGAUCUAUGCACUCCAUGCCAUGCGAGCUGUGCGACCUUUCUGAAAUAGAUCAUGAGAGUAUAAAAUAGGUAGAAGAGUCCCACUGACUCAGUCCAUCACCUGGAAAAGUUGUAUGUUCUUGUGCUCGAGUAUAUGUUCUUGGUCGAUUUACUAAAAUAAAACACUCGGUUAGUUUUUACCUCUAUCGGCGUAGCCCUUCAAACAGUAUAUGCUGGCGAGCAUUCCAUAGCAACUCUUUCUUGCAUGUAUCCUACAAAGAUAUCAUCCAUAAAUUUCGACAUUAAGGGGUGUAUUUUUUUUUCUUGUAAGAAACCAUCAUGAUCUUGUAGUUCUCAAUAAUCUUGAAUUUUCCUAACUAUGAUGGAUCUUCAAUAUCGCAUUUCAUAACUUAUUUCAUUUUUACAACGCGCACGACUGACGACUACAACAACCACUGAAAGCGUCUGCAUAGAGGAUUUUACACCAAAAAAACAAGAAACAUGCAUGGAAUGAGAACAUCGACAAAUUAUGCAUAGGGAAGACAUUUUUUCAGUCAUUUUCAACACUCAAGAUACAGUAUGGAUGGACCUGUAAAUUAUUUUGAACAACGUAAAAUUGAGAUCAGGCCUAAAAGCACAACAAGUGCUAAAACUCUGAAGAAAUCAAGAACGCUUACUUUCUUUGAUCGAGAACAAACAUUCACAUGGGAAAUCACCAUGAUGCCAUAUGAACAUGCACUAAAAUAAGGCAGGGAGCAUGACUUUCACG